AUUCAUCGUGUCGACGUGCAUGCAAAGGCGGACAUUUCACCGUGAUCCUGAACGCAGCAUUACCAUAACCGGAAGAGGCGUUGAUUGUUGACGUUUUGCAUUAGCCUAGCAUUGCUAGCAUUGUUGUCCUUCACAGCGUUCUGCCAGGGCGACGAGUCGGCCUAAGAUGAGCCAGAAGCCGGAGCGCCGCGGGAUCCACGUGGACCAGUCGGAGCUGCUCUGCAAGAAGGGAUGUGGUUACUAUGGCAACGCAGCCUGGCAGGGCCUGUGCUCCAAGUGCUGGCGGGAGGAGUACCAGCGAGCAAAGGAGAGACAGAUCCAGGAGGACUGGGCCUUCGCAGAGAAGCUGCAGCGCGAAGAGGAGGUGGCCUACGCCAGCAGCCAGGGGCCCUCCAGCCAGCCCGGGCCCCAGCCCCAGGCCCAGGCCACCCCGCCCCAUGCCGCCCUGACCCCCUUCUCCAAGUUUGAGGAGAAGAAGACCAACGAGAAGAUGCGUAAAGUCACCACGGUGAAGAAGUUCUUCAGCCCCUCCGCGCGCAUAGCCCCCAAGAAAGGGCUUGUUGAGAGGGAGGACAGGACCCUCAGGGCUUGGAGAGGGAUCUUCUCCCCCUCGUGGGAGAUGGGUUCUCCUACCGAAGCGCUGGUGGCUAGGCUGAGAGAGGGCCACGAGGGGAAGACCUCCAGCCCGUCCAUCAGCCGGAAGGCCAGCUUGGAGACGGACCGCGUCUCCAAGGACUUCAUGGAGUUCCUGAAGACCAUGCAGCGACCAGGCCGGGAGAUCCAUAAGCAGUGUCGGGCCUUCAUCGAGAGCAUGGCCAACAAGAAGCAGGACCUUGGUGCAGAUGAAUUGUCCGAGUGCGUCCAAGACUUCUACCAGAACUUGUCGGAUCGUCUGAUGAGCCACUUCAAAGGCUCGUCUGAGUCUGUAGAGAGGGUGAUGGACCAGGUGGAGAAGUACAUCAUGACUCGUCUGUAUAAGAGUGUCUUCUGCCCGGAAACCACCGACGAUGAGAAAAAGGACCUUGCCACGCAGCACAGAAUAAGGGCAUUGCACUGGGUGACCAUUGAAAUGCUGUGUGUGUCCAUGGACGAGGAGAUCCCUGAAGUGUCGGACAAUGUUGUCAAAGCAAUAACGGACGUGAUCGAGAUGGACUCCAAGCGGGUGCCGCGGGACAAGCUGGCGUGCAUCACACAGUGCAGCAAGCACAUCUUCAGCGCCAUCAAGAUCACCAAGAAGGAGCCGGCGUCGGCCGACGACUUCCUGCCCGCGCUCAUCUACAUCGUGCUGAAGGCCAACCCGCCGCGGCUGCAGUCCAACAUCCAGUACAUCACGCGCUUCUGCAACCCCAGCCGGCUGAUGACCGGCGAGGACGGCUACUACUUCACCAACCUGUGCUGCGCCGUGGCGUUCAUCGAGAAGCUGGACGCCCAGUCCCUCAACCUGGACACCGACGAGUUUGAGCGCUACAUGUCCGGCCAGGCCUCGCCUCGCCGGCCCACCGACAACGGCGGCUGGCCCCUGGAGGCCGGGCCCUCCCCUCAAGGCGGCGCCGCCGCCGCCGCCGCCUGCUCCGUGGCCGUGAACCCGGCGCUGGCCCAGCUCCACCACAGCCUGGAGCAGCUGUCGGGCCUGAGCGAGCGUCAGGACCGGCUGAUGGAGGGGGCCCGCGGCCUGCAGGAGGAGCUGGUGUCCUGGGAGGAGGGCGUGCGGCGGGAGGUGCAGGACAUCCUGGAGAGGUACCCCCUGGAGGUCCGGCCCCCGCCCGCCUCCGCCAUCGACACGGAGAACGCCGAGACGGACCGGCUGCCCCCGCCGCUCACGCCCCAGGUGUUUGCUGGCUAGGGCCCUGACGAUGAGGAGGAGGAGGAGGAGGAAGGGCGUGGGAGCGAUUCAUGAGUUGAAUUGGUACUCAAGUGGGAAUUUCAUUGCAAAGCCGGUAUCGCUUCAAGAGAUUGUUAAUAAUAAUGUUAGUGUGUUUCGUUUUACAAAUUAAUAGGAAUACUUCAUAGAGGUAACUAUUCAGUCAAUCAAAGGUUAUUUAUAGAGCGCUUGUCCUUCAGAAUGGCAAUACAACGUGCUUCACUAGGAUAACACCACCAGGAGAAAUUAUUUAAAGGCUCAAAACCUGAAUCACAGAGAUAAUUUAAGAGAUAGAGUUGAACAAAGACAUAAUUAUUCAAUUAUGAAUUAUUAUUUAUUUUUUAUUACCUUUUACUGUUUACUCUUCAUGGGACUUUUUUAAAAGAGGUGGAAACUCCCACUUAAAAUCUGAAAUCCCUCCUCACAGGUGUUUGAGGAAACAUUUUCUUAUUCACCUCAAACAGGUAAAGCUAAUGAUAGUAAUCAGUUUUAUCAAGGCAUGGCCAGAUUUUAUUCCUUUUUUAACAUUCGAUUUGUUCCCACUUGUCAAAGUGAUGAGUGGUAAUAAGAUAAGCUAGAGCCUCAUGGGAAAAUACAGAUAUCCAAGUUUGGGUUUGGCCAUGAAUAUCGGUUCAUCCUUUGGUUUCCACGUCUAAGUGCAUUUUCUCUUCAUCUUCAUCUAGUCUACAUUGUCAUUGCUUUGUUGAUGGCUACACUUUCCCCAGGCGCAGGCAAUUGCUUUUGAAAUACUGCACACUGCGACACUCCUUGCUUGGUCAUCAACUGAAACUCACUCCCCCAAGCCCUGAUUUGUCCUAUAAUUGUAGAUAAUGAUGGGGGGGAAGUAAUGGCAUGCUAAAGCCACUGAUUCUAACCUCACACUAAUGUUGCUUGACACUCCUGACCCAAGACCUGACAUGGUUUGACCAUUAGUUGUAAGUCAGUAGGGUAUUGUAGUUCUGAAUGAGUCUCUGCAUGGAAAGCAAUGUAGACUCAUGCUAUCAAUCAGUUGGUCCUCCCAACCAUUAAAUCAUUGUAUUAUUUUAGUUUGUUCAAUAUUUUUUCUCUUUUUGUAAUGAGAAUUUCCAAGAAGUAGCAAGAAGUCAGGACACUAUACUGGCUGAAAAUUACACUGAGAUAGGGGAAUUGUUACCCCUUUCCCAAGCAGAAAUAAACAGAGUAACUACAAUAGUCUAGAUAUUUAUAGUUUUCUUUUAUCACAGACACAUUUAUUGGUAGAUGUUAUUUUCUUUACCUUGACAUGUUUCGACGGAUAUGCUUCCGUCUUCAUCUCAAGUCUCAAUGGAAUCUCAAGUGUCGACACAAUGAAUGCAUUACAAAUACAAUAGUCUAGACAAUGUUUUGUGCUACUGCAACUCCUGUGAAAGUCAAAAGGGAAAAUUGUAUUUGUGCAAGUAUGACAGUCAGAAUAAGAGCUGCUUCCUGUUGGAGACGCCGCUAUACACUAUGUGAAAAUGUUGUAUGGCAGGGGAAGGCCUUUAAAGCCCUUAACAUAGACCCAGCCCCCAGUUUCCAUAGUCACUUUUAUCAUGGGUAAAACCAAGUGCUUUUUUUUGGGAAAAGAUAACAAAAGUGUCUUAAUUGUAAAUCCUGGAUUGCAAUUUCAAAAUCAUAACAAUAUUUACAUUUUCACAAAUAUCAUUCUGUUAGACAAAGGAUUGGUGGGAAAGUAUGGGCACAGGCAAACAUUCAGUGAUAAACCAUGUGUUAGAAUUGAUUGUGUUGGAAUCCUGCUUGUAAUUCUUGAGCUGUACAUAAGUGAUCAAAGGUUGAUAGAUAAAUUAAUGCUAUUUUAGUGGUUGCACAUUUUGUAAAAAUGUAUCAUGAUUCUGUAUUUUUGGUUGCAGUUAUUUGUUUAUAAAUGUAAACAAUUUUGAGUGGACUUCAAAUUCUCUUUUUGUGUAUUGGUUGUUUUAUUCAAAAUACCAAACUGAUUUGAAGUGCAUGUCUAUAAUGUGUUGGUACUGACCUCCCUGCUGUCACAAGUGUGCUGCUAUGAUUAAUAAUUAUUAAAUGCAAAGUUUAAAAUGCAUUCUUUCAACAGAAUUACAAACAAUGGGUUGUUGAGGCAUUUGGUCCACUGCAUUUAGUUAGUGACUGGGUGUACACUCAGUUUAUUGAUUGAUCUUGUCCAAUAAAAAAAGGUUUGAGUGUCUCAA